AUGAAACCACUGUAUUUGGUCUUGGGCCUUUGGGUUCUUGGAGGAUGUUUCCUAUCUGGUCAGUGUCACAGAGGCCCCAGAGGACGACAUGAUCCUAGAGGACCACCACCUCCUCCUCCCCGUCCCUUUCGUCCAGGAUAUGAUAGACCACCCCAUCCUCCUUUUAGACCAGGACUUGAUAGACGACCCCCUCCUUCCUUUGGUCCAGAAUUUUCUAGACUAUUCCCUUUUUUAUUUCAUCCAAAAUUUGGUGUAUUUCCCCCUUCUCGAUAUGGUCCUGUAUCUCAACAAUUCCCUCAUCCUCCCUUUGGUCCAAAUCCACCUCCCAUAGCAAAACCUCCACAACCUAGUCCUCCAGCCAAUCCUCCUCCCACUCCACCUUCCUCCACUCCACCUUCCUCCACUCCACCUUCCUCCACUCCACCUUCCUCCACUCCACCUUCCUCCACUCCACCUUCCUCCACUCCACCUUCCUCCACUCCACCUUCCUCCACUCCACCUUCCUCCACUCCACCUUCCUCCACUCCACCUUCCUCCACUCCACCUUCCUCCACUACACCUCCUACCACAACACCUCCUACCACAACACCUCCUACCACAACACAAGCAAACAUAACACCUAGUGCCAACAUCUCCAUAACUACUCCUACUGACUCAAAUUUCAUUGAUAAUUUUCUGAACUUCUUGCAAGAAUUAUUACUCUUUUUUCAGUCAGGAUGAGAUAUUCCAAAGCACUGUGAAAUUUUGGAUAAAUAAUCCUUAGCUUAAGAAACAACCCCUUCCAAGCAUUAUACAAAAUGGAAAUAAAAAGCUGAGCAGCAUUACGAAGCA